AUUACGUCAUACACGUGUUGUAAAAACGAAAAGCUGCAUGUAAGUUCUUGGUGCAAAGGCUAGUGUAGUGACUCGUGCUUUAUGAAUUAUGUUGCCUUUUUUUUUGGUCACAAACUCACUCACACUGCCUUCUUUACGGUCAAAAUUUAGCGAAGACUUCUUUAAGAUUAUUUUCAUUUGUUUCCAGACCAGUUUCAAACGGUAGCUGUGUUGAAAAGUCGGGAUUCGGUGAAGAUGACGACCGCGAGCGGAACAGGAGAUGGCUUCACCGGAGCGGGGAACGGCGGCGCCGCUCGACUCUCGGUCGUUGACUAUGUUGUGUUCGUGAUGGUGCUUGUGAUUUCUGCUGCCAUUGGCAUUUACCAUGCGUGUACCGGUGGAAAGCAAAGGACCACUCAGGAAUUCUUUGUGGCGGAUAGGAAGAUGCAAUUUGUCCCGGUUGGAUUUUCACUCCUUGCCAGCUGGAUGUCUGCUAUUGCUCUUCUUGGAACCCCUUCUGAGGUUUAUGUUUAUGGUACCAUGUUUUGGUACAUUGGAGGGAGUUACAUCUUCAUGUCCAUCAUUACUGCAAAUGUAUUCAUCCCAACCUUUUAUAAUCUUCGUCUCACUAGUGUUUAUGAGUAUCUCCAGUUGCGAUUUUCUGUUGCAGCCCAUCUUGUGGGGACUACAGGGUUUCUAAUAUACAUGGUGAUGUACAUGUCCAUUGUCCUGUAUGCCCCUGCUCUUGCAGUUAAUGCAGUGACCGGGUUUACACUCUGGGGAUCUGUUCUCACUGUGGGUCUGGUGUGUGCAUUCUAUACAUCAUUGGGUGGGAUGAAAGCAGUAAUCUGGACAGAUGUUUUUCAGACCCUUGUUAUGGUAUCAUGUCUCAUAGCCGUUAUAAUCCAUGGUUCAGUUAAAAUGAAUGGCUUUGGUAAUGUCUGGCGUAUCAACAAUGAGGGCGGUAGAGUGGUCUUUGAUGAUAUACGGGUAGACCCAACUAUACGUCACACUGUAUGGUCUCUUGUAUUUGGUGCCACAUUCAACUGGCUUGCUAUCUUUGGUUGUAACCAAGCUUCUGUCCAGCGUUACCUGAGCUGCCCCACCCUCAGAGCAGCUAAAUGGUCCAUCUACUUGAACUGUCCGAUGCUGUUUAUAUUUGUCUCUCUUUGUCUCAUGUGUGGUCUGGUGAUGUUUGCUGUGUUUGCUGAUUGUGAUCCCAUCAAAGCUGAAUUCAUCACAAGGGGUGAUCAGCUUCUUCCCUUUUAUGUGGUAACUCAGCUUGGCUUUCUCCAUGGAUUACCCGGUCUUUUUAUUGCAGCCAUAUUCAGUGGGACUUUGAGCACUGUGUCUUCAGGCCUCAACUCAUUGGCUGCUGUGACAGUUGAAGACAUCAUUAGACCAAUCAAGAAAGAUCUCUCAGAUGCAAAGAGGACAACUAUAUCAAAGGUAUUAGCUAUAUUGUAUGGAUUCUUAGCCAUAGGAAUGGCCUUUGUAGCAUCCAAGCUGGGGCCUAUUCUCACUGUUGCUAUCGGUUUGAUGGGCAUGAUAGGAGGACCUUUACUAGGCAUGUUCACUCUGGGAAUUGUCUUCCCUUGGACUAACAAUAUUGGUGCUAUAGUGGGUGGUUUGACUGGCUUUGCCUUCUCUUUCUGGAUUGGGAUUGGAGCUUAUAUCUAUCCAUCUAUGGCUGACAAACUUCCUACAUCUACCGAUGCUUGCCUUUUAUCAAAUAUUACAGACAUUUCUACCGACAUUCCGUCCUAUUUAUUGGUCAAUGUUACCUCUCUUCCUGACCUGAUAUUAACACCAGAACCAUACCCUGCAAUAGCAAAGCUCUACAGUAUAUCAUAUCUUUGGUAUAGCUUUACUGCUCUGGUAGUGGUCCUGUUUGUUGGUCUAAUAACAAGCUUCCUCACAGGUGCGACCAGACCAAGUGAGUUAGAUCCUCAGUUGAUCUGCCCCCUAUCAAGAAAGCUUUUCUGUUGUUUCCCAGCAAGCUGUAGAAGAAAGAUGGACUGUGGGGUCAACUUUGAUGAGAAUGACCACAGGAAUAGAAAUGCAUUUGACAUGGAUGACAAAAAUAAUGAUGCAACCAACUACUCUAUGUUGGAUCAGAAGGAAAAUGGAAGAGCGCCAUCUCCUGUUGAUGAAAGCACACAGUUUUGACGAAGGCUUUGUUGUUAUGAUUUGUCCUGUUUUUAUUUUAAGGGAAUUUAGAUGAUUAGAGUGAAGAAUAAAAUUGAAAACAGACUUUGUAUCUGAAAGAUGAGCAAUUCAUAUUUGCAGAGAAGAUUGCAGUAAUUGAUGACUCUGCUUUAUUUAUUUAUAUGAUAAAUGAAAUUGUUCAAAAUUUAGAGGAAAAAAAGGUGAAAAGACUAUUUCAUUAUGAAUUUAUUUGUCUUGGAUCACUGAAUUUUUGCUGCAUUGUUCAUCACAGGGUAUUGUGCAGAAUGUUAUUUAUUGUGAAUGAUGUGUGCACAGUUACAAUGAUAUGGUUUUCCUCAGAAGAUAUCGCUGUCAUGCAUGGUAUUGCCAGAGGUAUGUAGGUUUGCAUAGCUUUUCAAUUUUAAAAAUGAGUUUUUCAUAGACCAGUAUAUUUGAAAAGAGGAGAUUGUAGCAAUGCUUGAAACACCUGUGAAAUCAAUUAACAAUUCUCAAGCUUAGGUGUUUUUAUAUGAAGCCAAUUGACUUAAUCCAUUUCUAGUGUGUGGGAAAUAUUUGCUUCAUUUUUAGAAUAAAAAGCAUACUUUGAAUAGACUGAAAGUGAAAAAUUAUCCUAUUGAAUAUAAAAAUUGGCUGAAUUGACCAUUUGCAGGGUAUUUAAGAUGAUCUUAAUUAAAAUCCAGUUUUAAUUUUUAUUAUCAAUUACCUCAGUGAUUCAAUUAUGUGUUCCAUUCUUACACUCCUCCAUGCUAUUGAGUAUUUCAUUCAUUCAGUGUGUCAGCGUGUGAUGUGUGACAAGGAUUGUCGAGAAUAAAUGUCUUAUAAGUCCACUUUACUUUGUUGUCACAGAGUAUAUAUUGAUGUUUUUCACCUGCAAUAAAGUAUGUGUGAAGGAAAAUUCCUGUGUGAAUCGUUUACAUAUAUGUUUAUAUCUUCAUCACAGAUGUCUUUUGCAAUAUGGUUGUGGUGUUGAGAAAAUGAUUGUAAAUAUAUAUUAUGUAUCUUGUUGAUAUCUGAAGGUGUACUUUUUGAAAAUAAAUGUUCACUUUUUUCACAUCAUUAGUUUGAUUUCCAGGUUUUUCAAAAGUAAUGGAAUUAUUUUCAGAGUGCAUGUGGUAUGCUGGUACAGUAAUUUCAUAUUAAUUCAUCAAUGCCCCUAAGUAAGCCUCAUAUCAUUGGCUAUUUAUUUUAUCUUGCCAUAUACAGAUGUGUUAUCGAUGUUUCAUACACUUGUUAGUGUAUGAGGUCAUUUGAUUUGUGAAGUUUUAGUACUUUUUACAAUUUAUCUGAGAGUAUUUUAAAGAACCUAUUGAAUACAAAAUGGUUUUAAUUAAUUUCAUUUCAAUGGGAAAGCUUAUAAAUUCUUAAUUACAAAAAUAUCUGAUGUAUUUACACUACAUGUAGAGUAUAUACAUAGUUAACCCUCAAAGAGCUUCUAUAAAGGACAAGUGCAGAAGAAAAUAUUAAGAUUACAAAUUAAUAUCUAGAAUAAUUUGUAUCUGAAAAGAACAUUAAAUGAAGUAUCGUGUGUGAAAUAGUGAAACAUUGCACUUUUUACAAUUCAUUUGUCUCUCCAUUGUAAGCCCAUUUAUUUUGCUAUGAAAAGCAGAGCUAUUCCACAGUCUGAAUUCAUAAAUGAAUGGUUACCUGCACCAAAUGAGUUACAAAGCUCAGUUAUAUUUAUGUUGCCAUGGUGACAGCUCUUUAUUUCUUAGUUAUCCUGUCCAAUAAAGGAGAUGACUCAGUACAGUUUCAACUGCAUUUCCAAUUCAUAUUCAAGGAAAGAGAAUUGAAACUUGUACUAAUUUUUUUUAAUUGUAUGAACACAGUUCUGCAUUAAUGAUGUUGUUUUAGUGUCAGAAAAGUUAGUGUCGGGUUAUUUAAUAAAAAGAUAAUGGCAUAUUGCACACUGAAAUAAUUUUAUUGUCAUUUCAUGUCCAUCUCUUAUUUAUUUCUUUUGCAUUUAAUUUUUUUGCACUUUUUAAUUUAUAUAUUUUGUAUGAAGAUUAUGUAAAUUCAUGUAAAUGUCAUGAGAAGAACUUCUUACUUCUCAACAGGGUGCAUAUGAUAUAUUGUAUGCCAUUAUCAAGAUGUUUUGAUGCGAUUGUAAAAGUAGAUGUGAAAUGCUGCCAUAAGCAUGUGGGAAAGUUUUACCGGUAUUUUCUUUCAGAAUCAAGCAGGAGGUUAACAUUAUGUGUAUCCGAGAUCAGAAUUAAUUAUCAAUGCUAUGUCUUGUGUCAAAAGUAAGCAAGCUUUUAUCAGAUAUUUUGAUGGAACUUUGCAAACUUGAUUCAAAAUAGACUUUAAAUAGAAAUUGAUAGGUAAUAAGAACUAAUUGAAAUCUAUUUAUAAAUAUGUGGAUUGGAAUUCAAAUAUGUAUUUGGAAACUCAAGAAUUCCCUUGAUGAAUUCAAAUAGUGGUGUUUUUGCGCAUGUUAUACAUGGGUGAUCUUAAUAUUUGUGAAAUGUUAAGUAAUUCAAUCAUAGAAACAAAGUUUCUUUUGUGUAUUUGUGUAGGGCUGAUAUUUUUGCACUGAUUUGAUUGUCCUUUUUUUGUGUAUUUAUAUGUUUUGUUGGCUGAUUUGGUAGUCCUAUUGGAAGAAACAUAUUCAGGGCCCGUAACACAAAGCUUAGCAAUGAUUGUAGAACAUUUUUCUACAAUUGAUUCCAUUGUAUACAUUGUACAAUCAAUCGUAAAAAUCAUGCAUACAAUUAAUGGCUAACCUUUGUGUUAUGGGACCCUGAUGAUCAAAGCUCACAAUGUUUAUUUUUGUCUACUGGUGUGCAACCUUUUGAUAAAUUAGAUUUAAAGAUUUCAUGAUGCACACAGAACUGGUGGAUAUAUGACAUGUGUACUGAGCAAUAGAAGACUGGUAAUAAUAUCAUGUGAUAGCUUCCAAAUAUAGAAGGUAGAAGAUAAAGAGAUUUGAGACUUAGUGCCUUGUUUUCAUGUGAGAUAUAUGAUUGUAAUUCUUGUAGGCUCCCUGAUGUCAUGUUAUAGAUCUUUUUAUGAUGUUGUGGCUGAAACAAUUGUGAUAUGUAUUUGUUUUGUUGGAAUGCUGAGUAAAACAACAUCAACCAACAAUAUAUUGACUCGAUUUCAUGUGGUGUGGGAAAAUUGAAGGUUAUGCAUGUUAUGACACAAAAAUCGAUGGUGUCAUGAAAUGUACACCUCUUUGAUUAGAGUGAUGUGUUCAAUGAAUGAUAAGGUGUAAGUAAUUUCUGACUUUUAUUCGCAAAUGUACCUUUACCUGAGACAAAGACUGAUGUGAGCAAGAAAAAGUACAUCAACUAGAAAAUAAAGAGUACAUGAAUUUACAAAGUCUGGUGACAGUGACACCGAACAUCAAAAUGGUUUAUAUUGUUUUUCAUGAAAAAAUACUUGUACUAAUGUGCAUGUUGAAGCCUUGAAAUUAUUGAUAGAUUAAAACAAUUGUAUAAUUUCAAA